AUGUCCGACUCCGAGGCGUCCCCGCCGCCCGCUGCGGCCGUCGGUACGCCCGCGGCCCCGGCGGAGACCUCCCCGUCCUCGGCGAGGAAGGAAGAGCUGCUGCCCGUGGAGGAAAAGAUCUCGGAAUUAAGUGAAUCGCAAUCAGAGCUUCUAGGGAGACUCCGUGGGCUUAAGGAGGAUCUGCUGAGUUGGAGGAGUAAUUUAGACUCACAAGUGACGAAAUACAAAGUGGAACUCUCUGACAUCAAGGGUGCACUCAAUAACGAAAUAGAGCAGCUUCGUUCAGAUUUCCAAGAGCUGAGGACCACCCUUAAGAAGCAGCAGGAAGAUGUGUCACUUAGCUUAAAGAAUUUGGGGCUUCAAGAUGCCACCGAAAAUGAUGCGAACAAAGGAAAUGGAGAGGACACAAAUGAGGUCCUAUCAGCUAACUUAGGGAACUUGAAACUGGAUGGUUCUUCUGAAAACUAUGAUGAAAGCAGGGGCUCAAAGGAGGACAAGGUGGAAAACACUGACACUGCUGAUUUUGUCAUUGUUGACAAAGCUACUAAGGAGGCGAGCUCAACCGAUGAACAAUUCAAUGCAGGAAACUGA